GUGCGCGACAUUUACGUCAUUGCAGACGACGUUUUUCAGAACGCGCGGGGCACGUUAGCAGCACGUAAACAACAACAGCUGUUUUGGCGAAGAAAUUCUUAUUGACGGAAUAUAUGUUUACAACAACAGAAAAUGGAUGAAUUUCGAGGAGAAUGCACAGAAUCUUUGUCAUACACAGCAGAUGAUAUGUGUAGCAGAUCAAAGAUCCCUAAAAUGGGAGAGGAUUUAGAUGAUGCUUGCAGUCCACUGCGCAACAAACCAAUAGCUGAUGAAACAGACACACUUGAAGGGUUACCUUUUGAAAGUACAUGUAUUGAUGAUUGUAUCACCACAGAUCAAAAUAUGACUGAGGAAAACAAAAUAAGUUUAGAAACUGACUUGGAUCACCACAACAAUAAUCCAACAAAUUAUUUACUGACAGAUUUUAAUAAUAAUUUGUGUUCAGAAGCCAGUUGCAUGCCAAGUCUGAACUACAGCAGGAAUGAUCAUGUUGAUCCUUGCUGCUCAGUACCACUGGAUGAAGAUGACAAAAGAGUGGCAGAAAACAUUGUUAGGAAGCUGUGUAAAAAUGGCAAGUUGAUGGAGUUUCAGGAAGGGGAAGACUUCAUUAAGGUGAUAGUCUAUGAGGACUCGCAGGAGGAUGAGAACACAGAGUCCGGGGAUGAGGCCCCAUCAUACACUGCUGCCUCCACCAGCUCCUCCAGCCACCUCCUCAAACUUGCCGAACAUGCUGACAAGGAAAACCGACACCUAGGUGAAAAUAGUACUCCUCUGAGUUCCAGAGGUCAACACAAUUCAUCCAUGAAAUUCAAGCUGAGCGAAACAGAAGCUAGUGACACAGGGCGUUUGUUCACCCCUCACCCAAGAAGUGGUUACAUGUUCUACUCGUCAGAUGGCUCCAGCCAGACAGUGAUGGGGCCUCCCCUUGUGGCUCAACCUAUCCCGUCUAACUCAAACACACCUAUCACUUCCAGAAUGAUGACACCUGGGUCCCAAGGUCUGCUUUUGAACAGCAGUGGUGAGGAGGUGAGCCCAUAUGACCCAUUGGGGGUUCCGUCCCAGCAGGAGCUGCACAACAGGAUGCGCUCCCUCGUCAACAUGCCCCAGUUUAUGGUCGAGGAUACAGGACAAGUCCGGGAGCAGCACAACCAGAAGGAACGCAGACGCAGAGCAAGGAUCAAGGAGGCGUGUAACUUGUUACGUCAGUUGGUGCCAGGGAUGUCAGACAAGACAGACAAAGCCACAGUGUUUGAGUUUGCAGCAAGAUAUGUGCACUUCCUGAAGGCACAUACUGGAGCACAGUAUGACAAGGAUUUCCUGAUGAAAUAUAGUCCAUACUGAAGCAUGAUGGGUGUUCCCCAUGGCAUCAAAGAAAACAUGAUACAAACUAAUAUUUUUGUUAUUUAAUAUGUUUGAGUUAGAUAUUUGUAAAUUGAUUUAAUUUAUUAAAUAUUUUGCUGUUCUGUCUUGAAAGCUUUUCAGUUCAAUUCAUGUUUAAAUUGUUAAAAAAGUCAGGUUUUACUUUAUGUGCCUAUUGUUUUUCAUGUCUGUAUUAGUUUACAAAAAAGUCAAGUUAUUGUCAUAGUUUAAGUAUCAUCAGUGGUGGCGUCAUCCUCCAGAAAUUUAAUGUUGGCCAUAACUUGAAAACAUUACAUAGGUAUUUUUUUUUUAUUAAUAUGAAAACUUAUAUACAUCAGCAGUAUGACAACAUGCUGAGCAAGACCCAUAGCUCUGGCUAACAUAUCUGUAAAGUUAUGCCCCUUGAUCCAUUGAGAAAAACAGACUUGUGCUUGCAUCCAAGUGCUGUUAUUUUACAAUCCAAUUUUGUGCUUUUUAUUUACUUUGCCAUUCUUUGUUGUAAUUAUAUAAACAUUUCUUUGUUUUAAUACUGCCUAUUGUUUGAAUAUUGCUGUUUAUUAUUUGUUUACUAUUGUUUUAGAAUCAACACUUGAUUUCAGAAAACUUUGUUAACUAUAACACAAAUUUACAUGUAUAUUGAUGUUAUUUGUUGAUUUCAAAGAAUACCUUUUAUUUUUAUACUUUGUGUAAUGGCUGAUGAAUAUGUGAAAAUAUGGUGUGCAUGCAGGAAGACCACAUGCUAGACUGCUUUAUGACCCGUGAAUGGUUGUCAAUUUUGAAGUAAGAAUGUCAGUUAUUUAGUAUUAAAGAAUGUUUAGGCAACAUGUUCUAAUUAUAUGUAUUGUCUUGAGCUUUUUUUAUUCCCCCAAGUUAUGAAAUAUGUUCCCUUUAAAAGUAAAAAACACGUAGUUUGAGAUUGUUUUAUGAUGU